AUGGCGCUCUCGUAUAUCCGUCCGGCUAGUGAAUGGGCCACAGGCGGCGAAUCGAUGACGCCCCGGCAAAAAGGAAGGCUGUAUGGUCUGGGGCAGAGGAUGAGCGUACACAUACCCUUCGCCAAGUUUAGCCGACAGGACAAGUCGCAAAAGGUGACCAAGGCAGAGGCGUCGAUCUUGAUCUCCAUGCUUGAGGACGGUGUUCAUCCGAGCCCGGGGUAUAUCAGCGCAUUGGGGCGUAGCUCGAUUCCGUACGAGCGGCCUCAGCAUCCGAGGCAGUGGCAGGAUCCUUAUGGGCCGCCGACGAAGAUACAGUUAGAUUGGUUGACCAGCCUCAUCAGCAUGAUGGGCGUCCCGGGCGAGGUGAUGCUGCAGACGCUGGGUUGGGUCACCAUCGGCCAUGCGUCGCUGCUCAUCAAGCGCAUCCGGGAGUUUAACGAGGAGCGGCAAAUGGGGUACCCCUUGCAGGGCGGGAUGGUGUUGUUCCAGCGCGCUCUUGAUUAUGCCCAGGAUGAGCUGCCGUUCUUGGAAGAGGAUGAAGACGUAGUGAAACACGAGGAGAUUGUCAAGCUGGAGGACGCAUCGGCGGCCUGCUUCGCGAUCCCGGAAUGCUCGCUUGCGGCGAACGUGGUGAUCAAGAGCGAGACAUGGGCAAUAUGA